CUUGCUUCUGCAAUAUUCCUUCCAUAACGGUCCUCACCACCCCCUCCAUAUACUAUAGCACCCUUCUAAAACCACAUAUAUAUAAUCAUAUUAUUAUUACUAUUUUCUUACAUUACAUAAAUAGUGCAUAUAUCAUAUAGAAUAUUAUACCAGUUUCACUUGCAAUGGACACUGCUAUUGCUACUGAAGCUAAGGUUCAGCAUGUCACCAGGAAAUCUUCCGAUGAGCUUCUGAGGAAGUUCGCCGAAGCGGGUUCCAACGAGGCCGGAAAAAACAAACGGAGGAAGAAGAAGAAGAGGGAAAGUGAAUGUGAUUGUGACAGCCCUAUGAAUGGUGGCGCCGCCGUGGUGGAAAGGAGGUCCCUUCUGCCGCCGAAAGUGACGCGGAGGUCGGUGUUGCUCCGGCAGCUGAGGGUGAGGGAUGUCAGAAACAAGUCGUCACUCUUUGGAACCAUUCAUAAGACAUGGCGUAUAACCGUGGAAAGUGCCUCCAGAGUUUUCCUGGAAAAGCAUUAUCAUCGCCAUAAGCGUUUGAUCAAUGAUAUUGUUUAGGCUCUGAUGAAAAGUCUAUUACAAGUAUAUGAGCUAAUACCCGGUCAGAAGCAAAAUGCAAAAGCUCACUCUUUAUGUAUAUUGCCCCAUUAAAAUUUAAUUCAAUUACUGAUUCUAUGUAUUUCACUUUUACUCUUUGUUUAUUCUUUCGCUUUCAACUAAUAAAAUUUAUUCGUUCAUCCAA